AUGCCUAGCACGUCGGGCAGCCCGGCUACAGUGCGUACCUCUGGCCGCAUUGGCUCAAACUCUUUCGCGCAGGCUGUGACGGCCGGCGCUGCGCACGAAUCCGACGAUGAGGAUCAAAUUGUGAUCGAUUUGGCACCUGCCAACACCUUGGGCUCUGCGCUCGUCAAUCCCGUCAUCAAAUCCACACCGUCCGAGCGAGGAAAAGUCACAUUUGAGACUGCGCCAUCGAUCAAAGGCAAGGAGAGGGCAGGAGACGACUCUGCAACGACUGCCGAGCUCGUCCAGGACACUGAGAUGUCGCUCUCUUUCCCGGCUCUGUCAGCUUCGGAAACAGCCACAAAGCAUGCGACCCAGACGAGAAAGGUGGCCAUACCGCCUCAUCGGAUGACGCCGCUCAAGAAAGACUGGAUGAAGAUCUACUCGCCCUUGGUCGAAGAGGCAGGAUUGCUGGUCAGGAUGAAUGUCAAACGGAGGGCGGUCGAGCUCAAGUCGAGCAAGCAUACGCCAAAUCCGCCCAAUACGAUCAUGCAGAAGGCCGUCGACUUCUUGGCGGCCUACUGUCUCGGCUUUGCAGCGGAAGAUGCGAUCGCACUCGUUCGCCUUGACGAUCUCUACGUAGAGACGUUCGAAGUCAAAGACGUCAAGACGCUCCAUGGAGAUCAUCUCAGCCGAGCGAUUGGGCGAAUAGCAGGCAAAGAUGGCAGAACACGCUUCACGAUCGAAAACGUCUCACGGACUCGUAUCGUCCUGGCAGAUAGCAAGAUCCACAUUCUUGGCUCGUUCUCGGGCAUCAAGAUUGCAAGAGAUGCCGUCUGUCAGCUCAUCUUGGGCUCGCCGCCUGGCAAAGUCUACCACGGAUUGCAGAACGUAGCAUCUCGCAAUCGCCAGCGCAUGUAA